UCCCUGGGCUGUCCUCGUCCGGCGGCCUCUGCUGCCGCCUCCGGAGACGCUUCCCGAUAGAUGGCUACAGGCCGCGGAGGAGGAGGAGGUGGAGUUGCUGCCCUUCCGGAGUCCGCCCCGUGAGGAGAAUGUCCCAGAAAUCCUGGAUAGAAAGCACUUUGACCAAGAGGGAAUGUGUAUAUAUUAUACCAAGUUCCAAAGACCCUCACAGAUGUCUUCCAGGAUGUCAGAUUUGUCAGCAACUCGUCAGGUGUUUUUGUGGUCGCUUGGUCAAGCAACAUGCUUGUUUUACUGCAAGUCUUGCCAUGAAAUAUUCAGAUGUGAAAUUGGGUGACCAUUUUAAUCAGACAUUAGAAGAAUGGUCUGUGGAAAAGCAUACAGAACAGAGUCCAACGGAUGCUUAUGGAGUCAUAAAUUUUCAAGGGGGUUCUCAUUCCUACAGAGCUAAGUAUGUGAGACUAUCAUAUGACACCAAACCUGAAGUCAUUCUGCAACUUUUGCUUAAAGAAUGGCAAAUGGAAUUACCCAAACUUGUUAUCUCUGUGCAUGGAGGCAUGCAGAAAUUUGAGCUUCACCCACGAAUCAAGCAGCUGCUUGGAAAGGGUCUUAUUAAAGCUGCAGUUACAACCGGAGCCUGGAUUUUAACUGGAGGAGUAAACACAGGUGUGGCAAAACAUGUUGGUGAUGCCCUCAAAGAACAUGCUUCCAGAUCAUCUCGAAAGAUUUGCACUAUUGGAAUAGCACCAUGGGGAGUGAUUGAAAACAGAAAUGAUCUUGUUGGGAGAGAUGUGGUUGCUCCUUAUCAAACCUUGUUGAACCCUCUGAGCAAAUUGAAUGUUCUGAAUAAUCUACAUUCCCAUUUCAUAUUGGUGGAUGAUGGCACUGUUGGAAAGUAUGGGGCAGAAGUCAGAUUGAGAAGAGAACUUGAAAAAACUAUUAAUCAGCAAAGAAUUCAUGCUAGAAUUGGACAAGGUGUCCCUGUGGUGGCACUUAUAUUUGAGGGUGGGCCAAAUGUUAUCCUCACUGUUUUAGAGUAUCUUCAAGAAAGCCCUCCUGUUCCAGUUGUUGUUUGUGAAGGAACAGGCAGAGCUGCAGACCUACUAGCAUAUAUUCAUAAGCAAACAGAAGAAGGAGGUAAUCUUCCUGAUGCAGCAGAGCCUGAUAUAAUUUCAACCAUCAAAAAAACAUUUAACUUUGGCCAGAGUGAAGCAGUUCAUUUAUUUCAAACACUGAUGGAAUGCAUGAAAAGAAAGGAGCUUAUCACGGUUUUUCACAUUGGAUCAGAUGAACAUCAAGACAUAGAUGUAGCAAUCCUUACUGCACUGCUUAAAGGCACUAAUGCAUCUGCGUUUGACCAGCUCAUCCUUACACUGGCAUGGGAUAGAGUUGACAUUGCCAAAAAUCAUGUGUUUGUUUAUGGACAGCAGUGGCUGGUUGGAUCCUUGGAACAAGCUAUGCUUGAUGCUCUUGUGAUGGAUAGAGUUGCAUUUGUGAAGCUUCUUAUUGAAAAUGGAGUAAGCAUGCAUAAAUUUCUUACCAUUCCUAGACUGGAAGAACUUUACAACACAAAACAAGGUCCAACUAAUCCAAUGCUAUUUCAUCUCGUUCGGGAUGUCAAACAGGGAAAUCUUCCUCCGGGAUAUAAGAUCACCCUAAUCGAUAUAGGACUUGUUAUUGAAUAUCUUAUGGGAGGAACCUAUAGAUGCACCUAUACUCGGAAACGUUUUCGAUUAAUAUAUAAUAGUCUUGGUGGAAAUAAUCGGAGAUCUGGCCGAAAUACGUCCAGCAGCACUCCUCAGUUACGCAAGAGUCAUGAAUCUUUUGGCAAUAGGGCAGAUAAAAAGGAAAAAAUGAGACACAAUCAUUUCAUUAAAACAGCACAGCCCUAUCGACCAAAGAUUGAUACAGCUGUGGAAGAAGGAAAGAAGAAAAGAGCCAAAGAUGAAAUUGUAGAUAUUGAUGAUCCAGAAACCAAGCGCUUUCCUUACCCACUUAAUGAACUGCUAAUUUGGGCUUGCCUUAUGAAGAGACAGGUCAUGGCCCGAUUUUUAUGGCAGCAUGGUGAAGAAUCAAUGGCUAAAGCAUUAGUUGCCUGUAAGAUCUAUCGUUCAAUGGCAUAUGAAGCAAAGCAGAGUGACCUUGUAGAUGAUACUUCAGAAGAAUUGAAACAGUAUUCUAAUGAUUUUGGUCAACUAGCAGUUGAAUUACUAGAACAAUCUUUCAGACAAGAUGAAACUAUGGCUAUGAAAUUGCUUACUUAUGAACUGAAAAACUGGAGUAAUUCUACCUGCCUCAAGUUAGCAGUUUCUUCAAGACUUAGACCUUUUGUAGCUCACACCUGUACACAAAUGUUGUUAUCUGAUAUGUGGAUGGGAAGGCUGAAUAUGAGGAAAAAUUCCUGGUACAAGGUCAUAUUAAGCAUUUUAGUUCCACCUGCCAUAUUAAUGCUAGAAUAUAAAACAAAGGCUGAAAUGUCUCAUAUUCCACAAUCUCAAGAUGCCCAUCAAAUGACAAUGGAAGAUAGUGAAAACAACUUUCAAAACGUAGCAGAAGAGAUACCCAUGGAAGUGUUUAAAGAAGUAAGAAUAUUGGACAGUAAUGAAGGAAAGAAUGAAAUGGAGAUACAAAUAAAAUCAAAAAAGCUUCCCAUUACAAGAAAGUUUUAUGCCUUUUAUCAUGCACCAAUUGUAAAAUUCUGGUUUAAUACGUUGGCAUACUUAGGAUUUCUGAUGCUUUAUACAUUUGUGGUUCUUGUACAAAUGGAACGAUUACCUUCAAUUCAAGAAUGGAUUGUUAUUGCUUAUAUUUUUACCUAUGCUAUUGAGAAAGUCCGUGAGAUCUUUAUGUCUGAAGCUGGAAAAAUAAGCCAGAAGAUUAAAGUGUGGUUUAGUGAUUACUUCAAUAUCAGUGAUACAAUUGCCAUAAUUUCUUUCUUCAUUGGAUUUGGACUAAGAUUUGGAGCAAAAUGGAACUUUGAGAAUGCAUAUGAUAAUCAUGUUUUUGUUGCCGGAAGAUUAAUUUACUGUCUUAACAUAAUAUUUUGGUAUGUGCGUUUGCUAGAUUUUCUAGCUGUAAAUCAACAGGCAGGACCUUAUGUAAUGAUGAUUGGAAAAAUGGUAGCCAAUAUGUUCUACAUUGUAGUGAUUAUGGCUCUUGUAUUACUUAGUUUUGGUGUUCCCAGAAAGGCAAUACUUUAUCCUCGUGAAGCACCAUCUUGGACUCUUGCUAAAGAUAUAGUUUUUCAUCCAUACUGGAUGAUUUUUGGUGAAGUUUACGCAUAUGAAAUUGAUGUGUGUGCAAAUGAUUCCACUAUCUCUCAAAUCUGUGGUCCUGGGACAUGGUUGACUCCAUUUCUUCAAGCAGUCUACCUCUUUGUACAGUAUAUCAUUAUGGUCAAUCUUCUUAUUGCUUUUUUCAACAAUGUGUAUUUACAAGUGAAGGCAAUUUCCAAUAUUGUAUGGAAGUACCAACGUUAUCAUUUUAUUAUGGCUUAUCAUGAGAAACCAGUUCUGCCUCCACCACUUAUCAUUCUCAGCCAUAUAGUUUCUCUGUUUUGCUGCAUAUGUAAAAGAAGAAAAAAAGAUAAGACUUCAGAUGGACCAAAACUUUUUUUAACAGAAGAAGAUCAAAAGAAACUACAUGACUUUGAAGAACAAUGUGUUGAGAUGUAUUUUAAUGAAAAAGAUGAUAAAUUCCAUUCUGGGAGUGAAGAGAGAAUUCGUGUCACUUUUGAGAGGGUGGAGCAGAUGUGCAUUCAAAUUAAAGAAGUUGGAGAUCGUGUCAACUAUAUAAAAAGAUCAUUACAGUCAUUAGAUUCUCAAAUUGGCCAUUUGCAAGAUCUUUCAGCCCUGACUGUAGAUACAUUAAAAACGCUCACUGCCCAGAAAGCUUCGGAAGCUAGCAAAGUUCACAAUGAAAUCACACGAGAAUUGAGCAUUUCCAAACAUUUGGCUCAAAACCUUAUUGACGAUGGUCCUGUAAGACCUUCUGUAUGGAAAAAGCACAGUGUAGUAAAUACACUUAGCUCCUCAGUUCCUCAAGGUGGUCUUGAAAGUACUAAUCCUUUUCUUUGUAAUAUUUUUAUGAAAGAUGAAAAAGAUCCUCAGUGUAACAUAUUUGGUCAGGAUUUACCUGUAAUACCCCAGAGAAAAGAAUUCAAUUUCCCAGAGGCUGGUUCCUCUUGUGGUGCCUUAUUCCCAAGUGCUGUUUCUCCUCCAGAACUGCGACAGAGACUACAUGGGGUGGAGAUGUUAAAAAUGUUCAGUAAAAAUCAAAAAUUAGGCAGUUCAUCUAAUAGCAUACCACAUCUGUCAUCCCCACCAACCAAAUUUUUUGUUAGUACACCUUCCCAGCCAAGUUGUAAAAGCCACUUAGAAACUGUUACCAAAGAUCAAGAAGUUGUUUGCUCUAAAGCUGCAGAAGGAGAUAAUGUAGAAUUUGGAGCAUUUGUUGGACACAGAGAUAGCAUGGAUUAUUUGCAGAAGUUUAAAGAAACAUCAAACAAGAUAAAAGAAAUAUCUAAUGAUGUUCCUUCUGAAAAUGCUUUGAAACAUGUGAGUUCUCAUGCUGGAUUUACUGAAUGUCGUAAAACUUCUAUUCCUCUUCAUUUAGAACAAGUAGAAAAUAGCAGUAGAAGGCCAUCUACAGAAGAAACUCAUGAAGUAGAUUCCAAAGCAGCUUUACUACCGGAUUGGUUACAAGAUAGACCAUCAAACAGAGAAAUGCCAUCUGAAGAAGGAACACUGAAUGGUCUUGCUUCUCCGUUUAAACCAGUUAUGGAUACAAAUUACUAUUACUCAGCUGUGGAAAGAAAUAAUUUGAUGAGAUUAUCCCAGAGCAUUCCAUUUACACCUGUGCCUCCAAGAGGUGAGCCUGUCACAGUGUAUCGUUUGGAAGAGAGUUCACCCAGUAUACUGAAUAACAGCAUGUCUUCUUGGUCACAGCUUGGCCUCUGUGCCAAAAUAGAGUUUUUAAGUAAAGAGGAGAUGGGAGGCGGUUUACGGAGAGCUGUCAAAGUACAGUGUACCUGGUCAGAACAUGAUAUCCUCAAAUCAGGCCAUCUUUAUAUUAUCAAAUCUUUUCUUCCUGAGGUGGUUAACACAUGGUCAAGUAUUUAUAAAGAAGAUACAGUUCUGCAUCUGUGUCUCAGAGAAAUUCAACAACAGAGAGCAGCACAGAAGCUCACAUUUGCUUUCAACCAAAUGAAACCCAAAUCCAUACCAUAUUCUCCAAGGUUCCUUGAAGUUUUCCUGCUGUAUUGCCAUUCAGCAGGACAGUGGUUUGCUGUGGAAGAAUGUAUGACUGGAGAAUUUAGAAAAUACAACAAUAAUAAUGGUGAUGAGAUUAUUCCAACUAAUACACUGGAAGAGAUCAUGCUAGCCUUUAGCCACUGGACUUAUGAAUAUACAAGAGGGGAGUUAUUGGUACUUGAUUUACAAGGUGUGGGUGAAAAUUUGACUGACCCAUCUGUGAUAAAGGCAGAAGAAAAGAGAUCCUGUGAUAUGGUUUUUGGCCCAGCAAAUCUAGGUGAAGAUGCAAUAAAAAACUUCAGAGCAAAACAUCACUGUAAUUCUUGUUGUAGAAAGCUUAAACUUCCAGAUCUGAAGAGGAAUGACUAUACACCUGAUAAAAUUAUAUUUCCUCAGGAUGAGCCUUCAGAUUUGACUCUUCAGCCUGGAAAUUCCACCAAAGAAUCAGAAUCAACUAAUUCUAUUCGUCUGAUGUUAUAAUAUUACUGAAUCAUUGAUUUAGCAUACACCUCACAAAAAUGUUACCUAGUCAUUUUUCCUUCAGGAGGAAAUUGGUAAUAGAGAAAAGUGUGUGCAAAUGAAUAUGCUAAUUCUGGCACAGUUAAAAGGUCAAUAUUCUUUUGGCCUGUUUAAAGUAGUCAGUCAGGAACUCCCUAUAGGAUACAGCUGGCAGCUGUUAAAGUUUAAAGGUAAAGGAAAAUUAGUAUUUAUAACUUUUUAAAGGGCUCUUUUUAGCAGAAGAUUUCAUUUCACUUUGUUCUGAUGAGGGUGAUACCCUCGCUUAUGUGGUGCAAUACCAUUAACCAAAGUUAAGUGUCUGUGCAGAUUUUAUUGGCAGCUGGUUUACUGCCGUUCAGCUAGUGAAAUGAAGAAAUCACUCAGCCUUUUGGUUAAAUGGCGGACGUCUUCCUCAGUGUGUUUUAGUGUGUUCAGUGAUGAUGUCACUAGUUCCCAGCUAGAUGCUUGUUGGCCAUGGGAAAGGAGGUGACUUGUUAUUCUAGAUCCAUAGGGAUACAAGAACCCUGAGCUGAAAACCAUUUUCUAAGAGGGACUUAUGAAUCAGGAUUAGGCUUCAUAUUUAAGGAUGGAGCUAGUUUUUUUGUUAAAUAGAGCCCAAAUUGUGCAAAAGUAUUAGUGUGGUUUUUUUUUUUAAACAUUGUUUUAUCAAGUCCUUGAUAAGUAGAAGAAAGCCAUGGUAGACUGGUAUAACCUAAAUAUAUCAGAGGAGAAACUUAACUUGCUAUUCAAGAGAAGUUACCUUGUAAAAAGAGUUAAAAGUGCUUUUUUCCUAUCUAUAUCUAGUGACAACCUGGAAGCUACAUACUUCUCCAAAGAUUUUAUUGACCAGUAUAUCAAAUCAGAAUGUAAACAUAAAUUCUUUCAUAUAUUUAAAAUUGUGUAGGAACAUCUGAACAUGAGUAUUGUUUGUGGUACUUAUUUAAGAAACUGAGUUGGAUUAUCAUUAUGUGAUGUCGGGAGAUUGCAAUGUAACUUUAUGCCAAUAAAAUGUAAUUUAACUGCCCCAGAUAUUGUUGAAUACUCAACAAGAAAAGCUUUCAUCUUACUAAAGUUUUAUGCUUUGAUUUUUUUUUUGUUUGUUUGUUUCCUAGGUACUAAUUUUAAUUUUUAUUUAGGAAGGAGCAGUGUAAAUCUUACUUGUAUUCAGUAGUGUAUCUCAUAGAUACAGACAAGGCAAGAAGAGAUAAGCUGUUUAAAUAGUGUUUAAUAUUAAAGGGGGGGGAGAAAGAAAAAGUGUAUUAAAGAUAUUAUACUAUAUACAUUUUGUAUAUCAUAAAAUCUUUAAAAGAAAUUAAAUAAAUUUAUUCUUGUUUACA